AUGGACUCCAAGGAUGCUCUCCCUCCCUUUGUGUCUUUCUCCCCCUCCAUCUCCAUGUCUAUUUCUAAUGGACAAGGAGAAGAAGAGGGAAAUCUGGAUGUACCCUGUGUCAUGAUGGGAUUCAUGACAGGACUUGAUGCAGCGAUGCAUGCAGAGGUGAGAGUGGUGAAGGUGACGGACCCGCCGCUCUUCCCGGUGGAAUGGCUGGUGGGGAACGGGACGGGCUCCCUGGUGGCCAUGGCCGGGAGGAAGGGGGUCACGGUCUCGCUCCUCCCGGGGCCGGGGGUCGCCGCCUCCCUCAACCCCUCCUCCUCCGCCGCCUCCUCCUCGCGUCAAGUCCAGCUUGUCAGGAGCAUGAGGAUCGGGGAGGCGUCCUACGGGUGGUCCCGCGUCCCGGGCGUGACGUCCGUGUGCGAGGUGGAGGUCCGCUGCGUGAAGUGGCACCCGGGCUCUCCCAACGACGCGCACCUCGUCAUCCUCUCGUCCGACAACUACAUCAGGUUCUUUUCGAUGCGGGACCCCUUGGUGCCGGUGCAGGCGGUGUUGAUCGGCUCCGCGUCCCCGGCGUCCCUCUACCCGUACUCGUUCCACGCCUCGGUGCAGGCGUCCUUCGGGGAGAUCCCGGUGGCGCUGGACUUUGGGCCGCCCUUGCCGCAGGGCGGGAGUCGGCCCGACGUGGUGCGCUGGCCCGCCUUCAUCCUCCGCGGGGACGGGGAGGUCUACUUCCUGGUCACCUCCGUCGUCGAUGACAGGGUGGAGAAGAGCCAGGUGGAGGGGCCGCUGCGGAUGCACCCGCAGGCGGAGGACAACUACGGGAGCGAGGCGGUGGAGAUCCUCUGCCUCCGGACCACCCCGCCCUUGGUGGUCCUGGCGCUGCGCAACGGGACCAUCCUGCACUGCGUCCUGCUGAGGCACCAGCGGGAUCAGGAGGACGAGGAGGAAGGUGACGAGGAUGGCAGCCAGUCGUCCGAGUCCCUCGAGGAGAGGCCCCCCGUGGGCCCCGGUGGAGCCCGGAUGUCCCUCUACGUCUACGAGACCCUGGACCUGGCCUAUUCCCUCAUGCGCGACAACGCCCCAAAAGACGACGGCGACGAGGAAAAAGAAGGAGAGAAAGAGAAGGAGAUGUUCCUGAUGGGAGACCCCGGGUGCUCGUACCGCUACCACGUGGGUCACGUGGGGGGCGUCCACAGCGUCAUCAUCCCCGCCGUCUCGGAGUUCCUUCGUUUUGCGACUACCCCUGCCGAAGGAGAGGAAGGGAAGCUGGUGGAGGCAGAGAGCGUGGUGGAGCACCUGGUUUGCACCCGGCUGAAACCCGGCGGAGACGAUCUCUCGAGAGGGAGCGAGGUGUGGGGGCUCGGGGUGCUCCCCCCCUCGUCCGCUCCGGGUCCGGCCCUCGUCGCCCUCCUCCACUCCGGGGAGGCCCUGGUGCUCCCCCUACGAAGGGUCCACCUGCUCCCUCCUCGAUUCCCCCUCCUCUCUUCCACCUCCUCUGACUUCUCUGCAGCCUCAAAGUCGGAGCCGUUCGACGCGUACAUCGGUCGGAUCUUGCAGAAGUCGGAGACGCAGCCCCUGCUCAAGAUCCCCAAGGACUCCAAGGUCUCCCCGCAGGAUCAGCUGAAGCUGGUGCAGCACGUGACCAAGGUCCUGAGGCGGGAAUACAUCCACAAGCUGCUCAUCGCCAAGGAGGAGAUCGAGAAAAGGGUGGAGAUCCUGAAGUCGCAGAAGGAGCACCAGCUGUCCGAGCUGGAGAGGCUGAAUCAGACGAGGACUCGUCUGGAGAAGCAGGGAGAGGCGCUGGGGCUGAGACUUCAAGAGGCCAGCAAUAAACAGGAACUCCUCUAUUCCAGGAUCGAGAAGCUGCUGGAGAAAGUGCAGGGGGGCCUGCCCCCCAUGCUGAGCGAACCAGAGGAGGCUGCCCUGGAGGAGCUGAACCUGACUCACGAUCAGGCAGAGCAGCUGGAGAAGCUCCUCCUGCAUCUCAAGUCCCGUCUCGCGCUGACCCAACCCGGGAAGAAGAAGAAGAUAAUGUCACCGAGAGCGAAGAGGGAGGACGCAAUCUCCGUCCGGCAGAUGGACUCCAUCCACUCGACCCUCCAUCAGGAGAGCGGCGAGAUCGGGGAACUGAUACGACAGGUGAACAAUCUGAAGAACGAUCUCGCCUCGGCCUGAAACGUUUCGUUUCCGAUCGAUUCUGCUCAUUCCCCUCACCGCAUUUUGUGACCAACAGGUUUUCGUAGCAAUAAAAUUCGUCUCUCG